GAGACAGAGCUCAGAUGAAAUCAAAAGAACGAUAAAGUCUGGAGGAGAAAAAGAAGCUGCUGCUUUCCUGGUCUGCAGUUUGACAGGGCACUAAGAUGUCCGUGGACAUGAACAGCCAGGGCUCUGACAGCAAUGAAGAGGAUUAUGACCCUAAUUGCGAGGAGGAAGAAGAGGAUGAGGAUCCUGGGGAUAUUGAGGAUUAUUAUGAUGGGGUAGCUAACGACGUGGAGCAGCAGGGAGCAGAUGCCUUUGAUCCAGAGGAGUAUCAGUUCACCUGCCUGACUUACAAGGAGUCGGAGAGCACUCUGAAUGAACACAUGGCCAGCUUGGCUGCCACAUUAAAGGUAUCACAUGCUGUUGCAAAGCUAGUAUUAGUUAGUUUCCACUGGCAAAUCUCCGAGAUUUUGGAAAGGCACAAGUCUAAUGCUGCCCAAUUGCUAGUAGAAGCACGAGUUCAGCCCAUCUCAUCCAAACAUGCAAUGGUACAUUCCUCCCAUCACUGCGCGGUGUGCAUGCAGUUUGUCCGGAAGGAGAACUUGCUCUCCCUGGCUUGUCAGCACCAGUUCUGUCGCAGCUGUUGGGAGCAGCAUUGUACAGUGCUGGUCAAGGAUGGUGUCGGAGUUGGGGUCUCCUGCAUGGCUCAGGACUGCCUGCUUCGGACACCAGAAGACUUUGUGUUUCCAUUGCUGCCUAGUGAAGAGCUGAAAGACAAAUACAGGCGCUACCUCUUCAGGGACUACGUGGAGAGCCAUUAUCAGCUGCAGCUGUGUCCUGGUGCUGAUUGCCCUAUGGUCAUACAGGUACAGGAGCCAAAAGCCCGGCGAGUGCAGUGCAAUCGUUGCAAUGAGGUCUUCUGCUUCAAGUGCCGGCAGAUGUACCACGCGCCCACAGACUGUGCCACCAUCAGGAAGUGGCUCACUAAGUGUGCAGAUGACUCUGAAACAGCCAACUACAUCAGUGCUCACACUAAAGACUGUCCCAAGUGCAAUAUCUGUAUUGAAAAGAAUGGAGGCUGCAAUCACAUGCAAUGCUCCAAAUGCAAGCAUGACUUCUGCUGGAUGUGUCUGGGAGACUGGAAGACUCACGGCAGCGAGUACUACGAAUGCAGUCGGUACAAAGAGAAUCCUGAUAUUGUAAACCAGAGUCAGCAAGCACAGGCCAGGGAGGCCCUUAAGAAGUACUUGUUCUAUUUUGAGAGGUGGGAGAAUCACAAUAAGAGCUUACAGCUGGAGGCACAGACGUACCAACGAAUCCAGGAGAAAAUCCAAGAAAGAGUUAUGAACAACUUGGGAACAUGGAUAGACUGGCAAUACCUACAAAAUGCUGCAAAACUACUUGCAAAGUGUCGUUACACCCUGCAGUACACAUAUCCAUAUGCCUACUACAUGGAGUCUGGUCCCAGAAAGAAACUGUUUGAAUACCAGCAGGCCCAGCUGGAAGCUGAAAUUGAAAAUCUCUCAUGGAAGGUGGAGCGAGCAGACAGCUAUGACAGAGGGGACUUAGAGAAUCAGAUGCAUAUAGCAGAGCAGAGACGGAGGACCCUGCUGAAAGACUUCCAUGACACAUAAAAGAGGAGGAAGUGACAAAGUGCAGCGGUGAGAGCAGCAAGUGAAGUGAUGGCAGCUUCACCGGGAUAAGCAGGCACUGCCUCUGGGAGACCACGGCCAAGGACAAAGCCACCCCUCCCCUUGCAAGUCAGACACAUGCAAACACCACAUCUUAGUCCAGUUUGUUCUCUUAUCUUUCUGUUUCUGCCAGGCUAGAGGCCAGAGUUCAGAUUGGCAUAUUUCCUGGGACAUUUUCCCUCCUGCCUGUGAUGGUUUCGGAAGGGGAGGGAGUUUUUCUCUGAAUGGCUGUUAAUAGUAUUAGAUCAUUACAGUUAUGUAAUUUUCAACGGUUGUAAAAUUAUACAGACAAACCUUAGAAUAACACACAACCCUUUUUAAAAUAAAUUGGCGGUGGAGUGUUUUUCCUUAAUCUGCUUGUAAAUGUAAUGGGCUUUUCCCCCCCUCUCCCUUCCUCUGACCCAAAAAUCCUCCUGGGCACUGAAGGAGGUUACAAAUUAUCUCAGCUAGAUUUCCCAAUGCUCCUUUAACCAGGGCAUUGCAGCGCUGGCAUUGCACGAGGAGAGUGGCUGCUGUUAAGGGUGGCUUCUGCUGUGUCUGACCCAACAGGACCAGCAGUGGCCGUGGCUUAGUGUGAUUACACGUGGCAUCUCUUCUAAAUCAGCUGCCCAAAAUCCUGCUACACAAACAAUAGCAAAGAGAGGAACUGUAGGGGAGAGACCAGGUUAACACUGGAGAGAUAUGCCUGGAGUCAGGUCAGAUUCUGCAUUUUAUGAAUUUUAGGUCUUCCAUGUAGAUUUUUGCUUUACUUGUUUUUGUGGGGAGGGUGUUGUAUUGCCAAAGUGAACAAUGAGGGAUUAGUAGUUACACAGUUGUUAAGCAAGGCUUGGGGCUUUUGCAGAGUGAAACAAUCCAUGUUAUAGCAGUGCCAUGCAGCCUGGUAAAGAUGAUUUGUGCCUGCUGGGUAACAUGGCAGAGAAAAUUUCAUCCCAUUCAUCAAGGUGAGACUAAACACUGCUACAUUAUGAGAAAGAAAGAAAGAUGAUGUACAACACACUCCCUGGCACGUGUUGGCAAUGUGGAUGGGCACUUGAAUACAGGUGUGCUGCUUGUGCAGAGCCUGCACCAAGCCAGGCAUAAAAUUAACUAGCAAAAUUA